GGCGCACUACGGGGGCCGAAAAGGGAAGAAAUGUGGGCGAGGGCGGUGUGGCUGGCUCUUCGGGUCCCGCUGGGCGGGCGCCGGGGCUUCACCUGCCAGGCGGAUUCUCAGGGAAGCGGGCGGAUCACGGCCGACGUGAUUGAGCACCUGGAACGUCUAGCGCUGGUGGACUUCGGCAGCCGCGAGGCGGUGGUGCGGCUGGAGAAAGCCGUCGCCUUCGCUGACCGGCUCCGCGCGGUGGACACUGACGGGGUAGAGCCCAUGGAGUCGGUACUGGAGGACAGAUGUCUGUACUUGAGAUCCGACAACAUAGCAGAAGGCAACUGUGCUGAAGAACUACUGCAAAACUCCCAUCAUGUGGUGGAAGAGUAUUUUGUGGCCCCCCCAGGUAAUAUCUCUUUGCCACAGCUGGGUGAACAACUGCCCUUCCCAACAGACUCGAGUAGUCAUUCUGGGAAGGGGAUACCCCAUGAGCAUGUGGAAGAGCAAUGAUGGUAUUUUGUUACUGUGAACCCUAUCGUUCCCACUUUUUUAAUCACCUGAAAAAAAUGGAUGUUUAAGCAUUUCUUAGUAUCUGACUCUUCUGAAGACAGAACUGGAAAAAAUCUGGCCAAAACAAGGCACUGAAUUCCUGAUGGUAAAGAACAAGUCAGCUUCCAAGGAAAUCAAUCUUGUACUUGCUUGCAGACCUGUUCAGUAUGGAAAACAUUAUUUCCUCCUAAAAAACUGUCUACCAAACUAUAUAAGUGAACUUGUAUAUAUAUAUAUAUAUAUAAAAACUCUGGUAGAAUAUUAAUAAAAAUCUGAUAGACAGUA